UUUAUCAUCAAGUUUGGUUUGCAUAAUCUACUAGUUGUUAACCCAUCAUCGCUGUGAACGGCUGCCAGUUAAAAAUUACAAAAAUGUCUUGUUGUAAGCUAGGACCGGGCUACGCGUCUCCUUUAGAAGCCUUCACGAAGGGACCUAGGGAGAAGUUGAUAUACGUGGUCUGUGUUCAACCAGACACAACCAAACAAGACUAUUUAGCUACCGUUGACAUUGAUCCAGAAUCUCCGACCUAUUGCCAGGUAAUAGCGCGCACACACACUGGCAGCACAGGUGACGAGCUUCAUCACAGUGGGUGGAACGUUUGCUCCAGUUGCCAUGACGACCCUUCACUCAAGAGGGACCUCCUUAUCCUGCCUGCUGUGAAAUCCGCGAAGGUUUUCAUCGUGGAUGUCGGCACGGAUCCUCGAAAACCAAAAUUGCAUAAAGUAAUCGACGGCUCAGAGAUGAGGUCAUUCAACUGCAGUUACCCGCACACCACGCACUGCCUAGCAACCGGCGAAAUCAUGAUUUCGACGAUGGGAGAUAAAGACGAAAACGGAAAAGGGGAUUUUGUGCUCAUCGAUUCGAAGACUUUGAAAAUGACAGGGGCGUGGACGAAGGGAAGUAAGCAUGCCAAGUUUGGGUAUGAUUUCUGGUACCAGCCUUAUCAUGAUGUUAUGUUUGCUACUGAGUGGGGCACGCCAAGGAAAUUUAAAUCUGGCUUCCACCCCGAAGACAUACCAAACAAGGAUCACUACGGCACAUCGUUGAAUAUUUAUAAAUGGUCAACGCAAGAGUUACAACAGGUCAUAGAUUUGGGCCCGGAAGGCUGCGCUCCCCUUGAGAUCAGAUUUCUCCAUGAUCCUAAAGCCGCGCAGGGAUUUGUCGGGUGUGCGGUGUUUGCCAACGUUUACAGGUUCUACAAAACAUCAGACGGAUCGUGGAAAGCCGAUAAAGUCAUCGACAUACCAGCAAAAAAAGUUUCUAAAGAUGGCGUUGAGUCCGAGCUUAACGGUUUAUUGGGUGAUGUGAUUAUAUCUCUGGACGAUAAAUAUCUGUAUGGAAGUUGUUGGUUACAUGGAGAAGUGAGGCAGUAUGAUAUUUCCGAUCCCGAACAUCCAAAAUUGACAGGGAAGCUUCAACUGGGAGGCGUAAUUGCUUCUGACCCUGGAAUGAAGCUGAUUGAGGACAGAGAGUCCGAGGUACUGGUACAGCCUCAACUGGUUACUGUAAAAGGCCAGGUUCUGCAAGGAUCGCCACAAAUGCUGCAACUGUCGCUUGAUGGAAAGCGUCUGUAUGUCUCAUCGUCUCUCUUCAGUACGUGGGACAAACAGUUCUACCCCAAAAUGACUCAAGAGGGUGGGUGGAUAAUAAAGUUGGACGUGGACACUGUGAAUGGAGGCAUGAAGUUGGACCCGGAGUUCCUCGUUCACUUCGGAAACGAACCGGACGGGCCGGUCACGCCACACGAAAUGAGGUACCCAGGAGGAGACUGCACUUCUGACAUUUGGCUAGCCGAAGACUAAAUACUCUAUAAUUUCUAAAAUCAUGUGCCAAUAUUUUUGUAUGCGUGUUCAAACAAUAACCAUAUUUCAUAUAUAAUUAAAUCUACGAAUUUCAGUAUAAGUAACAAUAUAAAAGUAAAUAAAUAAAGCAUAAUUUCAAUCUGUUUAAGCAUCGACGUAAUAAAUUAUAUUGUAAACUUGUAUUUUGUAUAAAAGGAACGCAAUGCUCUUAGGUAGGUUUUAAUGAAAAUAUAUGAUGCAUAAAUA